ACUAGCGUACUUCGAUACUCUUCUUUCUUCACCACUAUAAAUUUCAACAUUUCUUCGUGUUUUUGAAUUCUGAUUCUGAGCUGUAAAUGCGUGAACAUGAGGAGAAUGAAAGGAAUCAGGCUUGGCCGGAGGCUGGUGAGAGUUUUCCGGCGGCUGAAACCUCCCAGCUCCGUGGCCGGAGCGCUAUCGAAGCUGGGGCGUUUGAUGAAGCAAGGUGCGUUAUGCAUGCGAUUAAAGAGAGGCGAUCCGGGUUAUAUCCGGGUUGGACAGGACCCGGUUGAGUCGCAAAAGGUUAGCGUGCCGAAGGGACAGCUGGCGGUGUACGUGGGAGAGCGGGAGGAUUUGGCGCGCAGAGUGACGGUACCGGUGAUACACUUCAACCACCCGCUGUUCGCGAAUUUGUUGAGGGAGGCGGAGACGGUUUUCGGGUUCGAUCACGCCGGCGGUAUCCAGAUUCCGUGUCGGAUAUCCGAGUUUGAGAGCGUGCAAGUGGCAAUCAAAAAUCGCCGCCGCCGGUCGCGGUGGUGAAGACUGACACGUAAGGCGGAGAUUGCUUUGAUUAAUGAAUUAGUACUGUCUCGUUGGCCCCAGAAAAGGCGGGAAACGAUCUUAUUUUAUUUGUGUGUUUUUUUUUUCCGGAUCCUUUUGUUUUAAGGAUCCGAAUUGUAUAUU